AUGGUCGCUCGAAUUCGUCAAGCGCUGCAGCCUACUCGCAUGGAGAUCUCGCACUUGCCACAAGUGUCACCUGUCAAGGAGCUGAUCAAUGCAUGCAUUGAAAGGUGCAGCGUGGUCGCACAAUUGAGAAGCAACCGUCGAACGACACCCUUGUGGGAACGAGAGGUUGGCGUUGGCUUACACAAUGAAGCUGUCACAUCCGUGAUCAAACUCUACAGCACGCCGUGUCGCUCCACUGUGUCAAAAAUUACGCCAAGCUUCGAAUUCUCAGGAACGCGUACAGCCGCGCUGGUGAGAGUGCGAAAAGAGCAGACGAAUCGAAUUAAAGUUCGACGCAAGUCGACUUGUACCCGUCGCCGAAUUGCAUCCUUCACGUUCGUGCUUACUGUAUUGCCACACUCAAGAUCAAAGUGA